AUCCGUUCCCAUCAACGUUACCAGCGAGUAACCACCAAGCACACCACAAACCACAAACCACCAACUCAUCCCCCCAACUCUUUAUCAACUCACAAUGUCUGGCCGUGGAAAAGGUGGAAAGGGACUCGGAAAGGGUGGUGCCAAGCGUCACCGCAAGAUUCUUCGGGACAACAUCCAGGGUAUCACGAAGCCUGCUAUCCGGCGUCUUGCGCGUCGCGGGGGUGUGAAGCGUAUCUCGGGUCUGAUCUAUGAGGAGACCCGUGGUGUGCUGAAGAUCUUCCUUGAAAACGUCAUCCGGGACUCUGUGACGUACACGGAGCACGCGAAGCGGAAGACGGUGACUGCGCUUGACGUCGUGUACGCUCUGAAGCGGUCUGGCCGCACUCUGUACGGUUUCGGCGCAUAGGCGUCUGGGCUCGGUCGUGUUUCUCCAUUCUGUUGCAUUAUCAUUAUCUCUGUACUACAUUGUAUCAUUUAUCAAUGCGAUAACUCCCAGUGGCCGCCCUGUUGGCUCAAGCAACUAUCUUCA